AUGCACUCGACCAUGUACCAGCGCUUCCGUCUGACACCUUCGAAAGCACGAAAUGUCGUUCUUUGGGGAUUGACCGUCCCUGUCCUCACCUACUACGCCGCUCAGUACACCGACGACCGAUGGGAACUACGAGGAAAGACUCGUCAGGAUUCGCUGCUCCGCAACCCUCCCGCUGCCCCAGCGGCAGAGGCUGACGAGGAGUAA